AUGCAUGUUAAGCGUGCCGUGGUUGGCAUCGUUUUGACCUCGGUUGCUGUUGUUCAAGGCGAUCUAUGUGGUCAAGGUUCUACAAAUGUCGGCGGAAAUGUGUAUUGUCAAGCCGUAAAGGCUAUUCGAUAUGAUAAAGUUGGGGCUGCCGGAUCAUAUAAGGACAUCGUCAACAUGGCACCAGACGGUACUUGCACAUCCCAGCCGAAGCAAUUCAGUGGUGCCCUAUCUCCUCUUGACGAGGAGUUAUCUCUUCAUUUUCGUGGACCUAUUCAUUUGAAGCAGAUUGCCGUAUAUAACUUGUCGACUACUGUUCCUGGGAAACGCUCGGCAUCAAUCGCGCAACGACGGCAUCAGCAUCAUCUGUUUCAUAAAACUAGAGAACCGGCAGAAGUCGUAGAUGGUGAUAAAGAGAAGCGCCAGUAUGUUACUGCUACGAUUGACGGCAAGGUGGUGUCUUGGUUGAACAACUACUCGGGAACGCCUGUUGCACCCGCUGCGUCUCAGAAUCCAGUAAUAGUCACUGCGACUAUCAACGGUCAAGUCGUUUCUUGGACGAAUAACUGGUUUGGGCCAUCUACGCCCCCUUCCACAACUCCCGCAUCUCCUGCAGCCUUGUCGGCUACUAGACAAGCCAGCACAUCAAUAUUAUCUACGUCCAGACAAACAUCCUACACCACUUUCACCCGUACGGCUACCACCACCGCUGUACCUUCGGCUCAGCCAGCAGGAGCUUAUUCAGUUCCAGUGCCUCAAGUUGCACCACCUCCUGCUCCAAUUCCUGUUGCACCUGCGUCUCUGUCUUUGGCGCCUGCUCCGGCAGAAAAUGCAAAACCAGAACAACCCCACGCUACUCCUUCCUCGCAGCCAGCAGCUGGUAAUUCCGGAUCGGGGGUCUAUCAAAGAAUCGGCUACUAUAACUCUGCCACACAGACACUAAAAAAUUUGGUCUUUUUGGGGAAUUAUGGUGGUGAAUCGGGUAGCUCAGGUGUUUUUGAUUUCCAUUACGGAGCUUCUUUAGCAUAUACCGGUACAGACGGUUGUCAUGGCGCGACUUCACCUCAAAUACUCUCAGAUAAGGUCAUUCCUUCGGACAAAGAAAUCAUUGUCAUGCUUGGUGAAAAAUGCGCCGAGAAUAGCGCUUGUGGUUAUACUCGUCCGGGGACAGUUGCGCACCAUGGCUUCGCUGGUGCCGAUAAAUUGUUCUUGAUGGAGUUUUCCAUGCCUGCUGACGGCACGUCUGGAUUUAAUGGUGACAUGCCAGCUGUUUGGCUUCUUAAUGCAAAAAUCCCACGUACCCUUCAGUAUGGAAACCCGGAGUGCUCAUGCUGGAAGUCGGGUUGUGGAGAGUUUGACGUUGCCGAAGCUCUCCACAGUGGGUCGAAGUUUCUUAAAUCUACUCUACAUACCAACAAGCCUACUGGGGAUUCUGACUACAUUAUGCGGCCGACCGAUAAGCCCUUGAAGCUUGCUGUUAUAUUCAAAUCAGCUAAUGCCGGAAUUCAAAUUGAAGUACUACCGGAUAGUACCGAAUUCAAAACGCGUUUGACAACUGAUGAGAUUGAUACACUUUGUAACUCUAUUAAUGAAAAGGCUGUAUCUCAUGUGUAA